AUAAAUGCGGUUGUGAAGCUCGGGAUCGGUUUACUUGGUUGCGAAAUGCACGACAAGUUGUUUAGUUGUUGUCGUGCGCUGAUGCACAUCUCGGUUGUACUACUGUUAGUUAUUCUCAGUGCAUCGCAAUGUUAUCAGCGGCCCGUGUCAAACGGUUAUAUGACGCGUUGGGACAAAAUUAAUCUCGACGAAAUUUUUGAAAAUAAAAAAUUGCUGCACCAUUACUUCAACUGUCUUAUGAACAAGGGACCCUGUCCACCUGAUGGUCGCGAGUUAAAACGAGCAUUACCGGAAGCGCUAGAGACCGAGUGCUCGAAGUGUUCAAAUAGCCAGAGAGACGGUGCGAUUAAAAUAAUUAAAUACUUGAGGUAAUUAUCAAUUUUUGGGUUUACUUA